UAGGUAGAUCUUUACUUUACCAACCCAGAGUCAAUUGAAGAAGAACUUGUGACAUAUAAAGAUAUUUAAAUGUUUUUAAAAGAAAAUAAAAAUCUUAAGAGAAAAACAGUUGUGUGAUUUGUCAGGAAAACGAACAAGACAAUAUCUAUCAAAGAGAAAAAUCAACAUUUGCAAAAUCUUCUUUCCUUACGUCUAUUGACAAAUAUAAAGUGGGAUAUCACCUGACUAGCAUGAGUAAAAAUAUAGAUGCCUUGUCAGAGGAGAUCGACGAGUUGCUAUUACGUAAGUUAGAAUUAAUGGAAGAAAAGGUUCGUGGAAAUGUUCAAAUGGAAACAUUGUUGAAAGAUGGCCAUAUUGAGUUAGCUAAAGCGAAAUAUAUUCGUGGAAAGGAAAACAUCAGUAUUCUACAGGUUCCAAACAACGAAGACACAGUCACAUCUUUAUUUGACUUGGAAACUAAUGUGAUAAAUGAUAAUGAUGACAUUGUGGUGUCUUUUGACAUAAGUUUAAAAAAAUCUAGCAAUGAGACAGAUGAACCAAUAGAUCCUGUAAAAUGGUUCGGAGUACUGGUCCCACAAAAUUUGAAAAACAGUCAGAAACGCUUUCAGGAAUCUAUCUAUCUUGCCACAAAGAUAGCAAAUGUACAAGCAGAACUUGCUUCUGUGCUCUCCAAGCUUAAGACAUUACAUAUCCAAAAGGAUAGUUUAUGUUCUCCAAAUGAUAUUAAAACUUAGUUAAUAAACAAACAUUUACAAAUUGUAUUAUAAUUUACAGUUUAAUAUUUAAAUUUAUAAGAAUAAUAUUACAUUAUAUGUCAAACUAUAAAUAAAUCUAAUUGACAAAA